AUAUAUAAAUAUAAAUAUAUAACGCCUGUAUUACAUAAAAGUAUACUACAUUUUACAAUGUGAUCAGUGUGUGAUAAACUUUCCUAGUGAUAACACUGUCUCCGUAUUAAUACAAUUGUUUUAUUUGAUAUUGUCAACUCUAUAUACUAGUGAAAAGAUAAAAUCCUUCGUUAAAGUUUGCGGUAAACGUAAUCACGUCCCGAAAAGUGUCUUACAAGGCAAAAAAGGACUUGGAGAAUGGAAUCACAUGAGAAAAACGAAAAGGUUACUGGACCGGUUUUCAAUGGCCUGAGUAAUGUGGACUCGAAGCACCAGGAUGGGAGUGGUGAAGCAAAUGGCGCAUCCAAAAUGCUAGCGUUGAAGGAUUUGGAUGAUCUGUUCCCCUAUAUCGGGGGCUUCGGGUGGUACCAGCGUCUGCUAUUCCUCCUCAUGAUACCCUAUUCGUUCUUCUUCGCCUUUGUGUACUUUGCGCAAAUAUUUAUGACGGUGGUGCCUUCCGAACAUUGGUGCUAUGUGCCGGAGUUGGGAAAUAUGACAAUAGCAGAUCGACGCCAUCUUUCUAUUCCCAUAACUGAGAAUGGUUACGAAAAGUGCUUUGUCUAUGACGUAGAUUGGAAGAAAGUUCUAAAAUAUGGCAUCACUGAACCAGACGCCACGUGGCCAGUGAAGAAGUGCGACAAUCAUUGGGAAUACAACUUCACUGACGUACCAUACGAGACUAUAGCCACGCAGUUGGAUUGGGUGUGUGACAGAGACAACUACGCAGCGACCACUCAGUCUGUCUUCUUCUGUGGUUCUAUAGUAGGAGGACUGAUAUUCGGAUGGAUUGCGGACAAAUAUGGGAGAGUUCCCGCGCUUUUAGGCACAAACCUGGUUGGUUUCGUAGCUGGAGUGGGCACUGCUUUCACCUACAGCUUCUGGUCGUUCUGCGUUUGCCGGUUCCUGGUUGGCAUGGCUUACGACAACUGUUUCGUUGUCAUGUAUAUUAUUGUUUUAGAGUAUGUCGGCCCAAAAUGGCGGACUUUCGUGGCCAACAUGUCGAUAGCUGUAUACUUCACGUUCGCCGCCUGUCUCCUGCCCUGGAUAGCUCUAGGAGUGUCCAAUUGGAGGGUCUACACGUUGAUCACGAGCGUGCCGAUAGGAUUGUCCAUAUUAACACCUUGGAUAGUUCCCGAGAGUGCUAGGUGGUUAAUAUCCCAAGGGCGUAUAGAAAAAGCCAUGGAAAUCCUUAAAAAGGUGGAAAGAGUCAAUAAGAAAAAGAUUCCUGAAGCAGUUAUAAUGGAAUUCAAGGACACUGCUUUAGAAAUAGCAAAGGCAGACCAAGAAGCCCAAAAUUAUUCAUUUGUGGACCUCUUCAAGAGCCCCCGGCUGCGGCGGCACAGCAUCCUGUUACUCUUCAUAUGGAUGUCGACAGCCAUGGUGUUCGAUGGCCACGUCAGGAACGUGGGGUCCUUGGGUCUGGAUAUGUUCCUGACCUUUACUAUAGCUACUGCCACGGAGUUCCCUGCUGAUGUACUUUUGAUAUUAACUCUAGACAGUGCUGGUCGACGCUGGGUUGCAUUUGGGUCCAUGGUUACCAGUGGCGUUUUCAGUCUUCUAGCUACAACUGUGCCCAUCGGUAUACCAUCAGCAUCGCUCGCCAUCGUGGGCCGUUUUGCGGUAAACAUUUCUUACAACAUUGGCAUGCAAUACGCAGCCGAACUAUUGCCUACCGUGGUGCGUGCGCAGGGUCUGUGCCUUAUCCACAUAGCGGGCUAUAUAGCCACUGUUCUGGUGCCUUACAUCGUCUACCUGGCCACAAUAAAUGCAAUGAUACCAUUAUUGAUCCUGGGAGUGCUUGGUAUUUUAGGGGGAUCACUGUGCCUGUUCCUACCGGAGUCAACCGGGAAAGCAAUGCCCCAAACAAUCCAAGAUGGCGAGGAAUUUGGCAAAGGGCAAAAAUUCUGGGAAAUACAUGGUCGUGAUAAGUAAAUUAUUAUUUUAGGGUAUAAUUGCUUAUUUAUUUUUAAUAUUUAUGUAAUUGCCUUAUUUUAAAUCUAUUUAAAUGUUGUUACCAUACAUAAAACAAUAUCAUUAUAAAUAAAAAUAUUGUUUGAAAUGAACAUGAUGAAAUAAAGAGAUUACAGAUUAUAAAA